AUGGCUAUCGAGAAGCAGAAGGUCGCCAUUAUCGGCUCAGGCAACUGCGCCAUUGCCAAGAUUGCGGGCUACAACGCUGCGCGCCACUCGGACUCGUUCGAACGCCAGGUGAACAUGUAUGUCUACCAGGAGAAGAACCUGACGGACAUCAUCAACGAGGAGCACACCAACAAGAAGUACCUCCCCAACGUGCAGCUCCCCGAGAACGUCGUUGCCAUCUCGAACGUCGAGGAGGCCGCGCGCGACGCGACUCUUCUGAUCUUCGUGCUGCCGCACCAGUUCAUUCUUAAUGUCUGCAAGUCGCUCAAGGGCAACAUCUCGCCCAAGGCCCACGCCAUCUCCAUGAUCAAGGGUGUCGACGUGCGCGACAACAAGAUUAGCAUUUUUGCCGACGUCAUCCAGGAGGCUCUCGGCAUCCCUUGCGCUGCUCUUAGCGGUGCCAACAUCGCCAACGAGGCAGUCGCCCGCGACAAGUUCUCGGAGACCACCGUCGGCUACCGCCCCAACCAGCGCGAGCUUGCCCUGUCCUACGUCAAGCUCUUUGACACCAACAACUUCCGCGUCGGCAUGAUCGACGAUGUUGCCGGUGUCUCGCUCUGCGGUGCCCUCAAGAAUGUCGUUGCCAUCGGCGCCGGCUUCUGCGAUGGUCUCGGCUGGGGUGACAACGCCAAGGCUGCCAUUAUGCGCAUUGGUCUUAUGGAGAUGAAGAAGUUCUCGCUCGAGUUCUUCCAGAACGUCAAGCCCGAGACCUUUACCGAGACCAGCGCCGGCUUUGGUGGCCGUAACCGCAAGUGUGCCGAGGCCUUUGUCAAGACUGGCAAGCCCUUCUCGGUCCUCGAGGCGGAGCUGCUCAACGGCCAGAAGCUCCAGGGUACCGAGACCGCCCGCGAGGUCUACCAGUAUCUCUCGUCGCGCAACCGUGUCGAUGCCUACCCUCUCUUCCGCACGAUCUACAAGAUCUCGUUCGAGGGCAUGCCCCCGGCCCAGCUCACUUCCGACCUCUGA